AUGAUUAAGGGAGCACACUGCACCGCACUGCACCGCACGCUCAUACGCUGCACCGCCCGCUCAUACGCUGCACCGCCCGCUCAUACGCUGCACCGCACGCUCAUACGCUGCACGGCCCGCUCAUACGCUGCACCGCCCGCUCAUACGCUGCACCGCACGCUCAUACGCUGCACGGCCCGCUCAUACGCUGCACCGCACGCGCAUACGCUGCACCACUCGCUCAUACGCUGCACCGCACGCUCAUACACUGCACCGCACGUGCAUACGCUGCACCGCACGCUCAUACGCUGCACCGCCCGCUCAUACGCUGCACCGCCCGCUCAUACACUGCACCGCACGCUCAUAUGCUGCACCGCCCGCUCAUACGCUGCACCGCACGCCCAUACGCUGCCCCGCACACUCAUACGCUGCACCGCACGCUCAUACGCUGCCCGCACGCUCAUACGCUGCACCGCACGCGCAUACGCUCCACCACUCGCUCAUACGCUGCACCGCACGCUCAUACGCUGCACCGCCCGCUCAUACGCUGCACCGCUUGCGCAUACGCUGAACCGCCCGCUCAUACGCUGCAGCGCCCGCUCAUACGCUGCACCGUCCGCUCAUACGCUGCACUGCCCGCUCAUACGCUGCACCGCCCGCUCAUACACUGCACCGCACGCUCAUACGCUGCACCGCCCGCUCAUACGCUGCACCGCACGCCCAUACGCUGCCCCGCACACUCAUACGCUGCACCGCCCGCUCAUACGCUGCACCGUCCGCUCAUACGCUGCACCGCCCGCUCAUACGCUGCACCGCACGCUCAUACGCUGCCCGCACGCUCAUACGCUGCACCGCACGCGCAUACGCUCCACCACUCGCUCAUACGCUGCACCGCACGCUCAUACGCUGCACCGCCCGCUCAUACGCUGCACCGCUUGCGCAUACGCUGAACCGCCCGCUCAUACGCUGCAGCGCCCGCUCAUACGCUGCACCGCCCGCUCAUACGCUGCACCGUCCGCUCAUACGCUGCACCGCCCGCUCAUACGCUGCACCGCCCGCUCAUACGCUGGACCGCCCGCUCAUACGCUGCACCGCACGCUCAUACGCUGCCCCGCACGCUCAUACGCUGCACCACACGCUCAUACGCUGCACCGCCCGCUCGUACGCUGCACCGCCCGCUCGUACGCUGCACCGCCCGCUCGUACGCUGCACCGCCCGCUCAUACGCUGCACCGCCCGCUCAUACGCUGCACUGCCCGCUCAUACACUGCACCGCACGCUCAUACGCUGCACCGCCCGCUCAUACGCUGCACCGCACGCUCAUACGCUGCACCGCACGCUCAUACGCUGCCCCGCACGCUCAUACGCUGCACCGCACGCUCGUACGCUGCACCGCACGCUCGUACGCUGCACCGCCCGCUCGUACGCUGCACCGCCCGCUCAUACGCUGCACCGCCCGCUCAUACGCUGCACCGCCCGCUCAUACGCUGCACUGCCCGCUCAUACGCUGCACCGCCCGCUCAUACGCUGCACCGCACGCCCAUACGCUGCACCGCACGCCCAUACGCUGCCCCGCCCGCUCAUACGCUGCCCCGUCCGCUCAUACGCUGCACCGCCCGCUCAUACGCUGCACCGCACGCUCAUACGCUGCACCGCCCGCUCAUACGCUGCACCGCACGCUCAUACGCUGCACCGCACGCUCAUACGCUGCACCGCCCGCUCAUACGCUGCACCGCCCGCUCAUACACUGCACCGCACGCUCAUACGCUGCACCGCCCGCUCAUACGCUGCACCGCACGCCCAUACGCUGCCCCGCACACUCAUACGCUGCACCGCACGCUCAUACGCUGCCCGCACGCUCAUACGCUGCACCGCACGCGCAUACGCUCCACCACACGCUCAUACGCUGCACCGCCCGCUCAUACGCUGCACCGCCCGCUCAUACACUGCACCGCACGCUCAUACGCUGCACCGCCCGCUCAUACGCUGCACCGCACGCCCAUACGCUGCCCCGCACACUCAUACGCUGCACCGCACGCUCAUACGCUGCACCGCCCGCUCAUACGCUGCACCGCACGCCCAUACGCUGCCCCGCACACUCAUACGCUGCACCGCCCGCUCAUACGCUGCACCGUCCGCUCAUACUCUGCACCGCCCGCUCAUACGCUGCACCGCACGCUCAUACGCUGCACCGCACGCCCAUACGCUGCACCGCACGCGCAUACGCUCCACCACUCGCUCAUACGCUGCACCGCACGCUCAUACGCUGCACCGCACGCUCAUACGCUGCACCGCUUGCGCAUACGCUGAACCGCCCGCUCAUACGCUGCAGCGCCCGCUCGUACGCUGCACCGCCCGCUCAUACGCUGCACCGUCCGCUCAUACGCUGCACCGCCCGCUCAUACGCUGCACCGCCCGCUCAUACGCUGGACCGCCCGCUCAUACGCUGCACCGCACGCUCAUACGCUGCCCCGCACGCUCAGACGCUGCACCGCACGCUCAUACGCUGCACCGCCCGCUCGUACGCUGCACCGCCCGCUCGUACGCUGCACCGCCCGCUCGUACGCUGCACCACCCGCUGAUACGCUGCACCGCCCGCUCAUACGCUGCACCGCACGCUCAUACGCUGCACCGCACGCCCAUACGCUGCCCCGCACACUCAUACGCUGCACCGCACGCUCAUACGCUGCCCGCACGCUCAUACGCUGCACCGCACGCGCAUACGCUCCACCACACGCUCAUACGCUGCACCGCCCGCUCAUACGCUGCACCGCCCGCUCAUACACUGCACCGCACGCUCAUACGCUGCACCGCCCGCUCAUACGCUGCACCGCACGCCCAUACGCUGCCCCGCACACUCAUACGCUGCACCGCACGCUCAUACGCUGCACCGCCCGCUCAUACGCUGCACCGCACGCCCAUACGCUGCCCCGCACACUCAUACGCUGCACCGCCCGCUCAUACGCUGCACCGUCCGCUCAUACUCUGCACCGCCCGCUCAUACGCUGCACCGCACGCUCAUACGCUGCACCGCACGCCCAUACGCUGCACCGCACGCGCAUACGCUCCACCACUCGCUCAUACGCUGCACCGCACGCUCAUACGCUGCACCGCACGCUCAUACGCUGCACCGCUUGCGCAUACGCUGAACCGCCCGCUCAUACGCUGCAGCGCCCGCUCACGCUGCACCGCACGCUCAUACGCUGCACCGCCCGCUCGUACGCUGCACCGCCCGCUCGUACGCUGCACCGCCCGCUCGUACGCUGCACCACCCGCUGAUACGCUGCACCGCCCGCUCAUACGCUGCACCGCCCGCUCAUACACUGCACCGCCCGCUCAUACGCUGCACCGCACGCUCAUACGCUGCACCGCCCGCUCAUACGCUGCACCGCACGCUCAUACGCUGCACCGCACGCUCAUACGCUGCCCCGCACGCUCAUACGCUGCACCGCACGCUCGUACGCUGCACCGCACGCUCGUACGCUGCACCGCCCGCUCGUACGCUGCACCGCCCGCUCAUACGCUGCACCGCCCGCUCAUACGCUGCACCGCCCGCUCAUACGCUGCACCGCCCGCUCAUACGCUGCACCGCCCGCUCAUACGCUGCACCGCACGCCCAUACGCUGCACCGCACGCCCAUACGCUGCCCCGCCCGCUCAUACGCUGCCCCGUCCGCUCAUACGCUGCACCGCCCGCUCAUACGCUGCACCGCACGCUCAUACGCUGCACCGCCCGCUCAUACGCUGCACCGCACGCUCAUACGCUGCACCGCACGCUCAUACGCUGCACCGCUCGCUCAUACGCUGCACCGCACGCUCAUACGCUGCACCGCCCGCUCAUACGCUGCACCGCCCGCUCAUACGCUGCACCGCUUGCUCAUACGCUGCACCGCCCGCUCAUACGCUGCACCGCCCGCUCAUACGCUGCACCGCCCGCUCAUACGCUGCACCGCCCGCUCAUACGCUGGACCGCCCGCUCAUACGCUGCACCGCACGCUCAUACGCUGCCCCGCACGCUCAUACGCUGCACCGCACGCGCAUACGCUGCACCACACGCUCAUACGCUGCACCGCACGCUCAUACGCUGCACCGCCCGCUCAUACGCUGCACCGUCCGCUCAUACGCUGAACCGCCUGCUCAUACGCUGCACCGCACGCUCAUACGCUGCACCGCCCGCUCAUACGCUGCCCCGCACGCUCAUACGCUGCACCGCCCGCUCAUACGCUGCACCGCACGCUCAUACGCUGCCCCGCACGCUCAUACGCUGCCCCGCACGCUCAUACGCUGCACCGCCCGCUCAUACGCUGCACCGUCCGCCCAUACGCUGCACCGCCCGCCCAUACGCUGCACCGCACGCUCAUACGCUGCACCGCCCGCUCAUACGCUGCCCCGCACGCUCAUACGCUGCACCGCCCGCUCAUACGCUGCACCGCACGCUCAUACGCUGCCCCGCACGCUCAUACGCUGCCCCGCACGCUCAUACGCUGCACCGCCCGCUCAUACGCUGCACCGUCCGCUCAUACGCUGCACUGCCCGCUCAUACGCUGCACCGCGCGCUCAUACGCUGCCCGCACGCUCAUACGCUGCACCGCACGCGCAUACGCUCCACCACUCGCUCAUACGCUGCACCGCACGCUCAUACGCUGCACCGCCCGCUCAUACGCUGCACCGCCCGCGCAUACGCUGAACCGCCCGCUCAUACGCUGCACCGCACGCUCAUACGCUGCACCGCACGCUCAUACACUGCACCGCCCGCUCAUACGCUGCACCGCCCGCUCAUACGCUGCACCGCACGCUCAUACGCUGCACCGCACGCUCAUACGCUGCACCGCCCGCUCAUACGCUGCACCGCAUACGCAUACGCUGCACCACUCGCUCAUACGCUGCAUCGCCCGCUCAUACGCUGCACCGCCCGCUCAUACGCUGCACCGCCCGCUCAUACGCUGCACCGCCUGCUCAUACGCUGCACCGCACGCGCAUACGCUGCACCACUCGCUCAUACGCUGCACCACACGCUCGUACACUGCACCGCACGCGCACACUCUGCACCGCACGCUCAUACGCUGCACCGCCCGCUCGUACGCUGCACCGCACGCUCAUACGCUGCACCGCCCGCUCAUACGCUGCACCGCACGCUCAUACGCUGCACCGCACGCUCAUACGCUGCACCGCACGCUCAUACGCUGCACCGCACGCUGCACCGCACGCGCAUACGCUGCACCGCACGCGCAUACGCUGCACCGCACGCGCAUACGCUGCACCGCCCGCUCGUACGCUGCACCGCCCGCUCGUACGCUGCACCGCCCGCUCCUACGCUGCACCGCCCGCUCAUACGCUGCACCGCCCGCUCAUACGCUGCACCGCACGCUCAUACGCUGCCCCGCACGCUCAUACGCUGCACCGCCCGCUCGUACACUGCACCGCACGCGCAUACGCUGUACCGCACGCUCAUACGCUGCACCGCCCGCUCGUACGCUGCACCGCACGCUCAUACGUUGCACCGCACGCUCAUACGCUGCACCGCACGCUCAUACGCUGCACCGCCCGGUCACACGCUGCCCCGCACGCUCAUACGCUGCCCCGCACGCUCAUACGCUGCACCGCCCGCUCAUACGCUGCACCGCACGCUCAUACGCUGCACCGCACGCUCAUACGCUGCACCACCCGCUCAUACGCUGCACCGCACGCGCAUACGCUGCACCGCACGCGCAUACGCUGCACCGCCCGCUCGUACGCUGCACCGCCCGCUCGUACGCUGCACCGCCCGCUCCUACGCUGCACCGCCCGCUCAUACGCUGCACCGCCCGCUCAUACGCUGCACCGCACGCUCAUACGCUGCCCCGCACGCUCAUACGCUGCACCUCCCGCUCGUACACUGCACCGCACGCGCAUACGCUGUACCGCACGCUCAUACGCUGCACCGCCCGCUCGUACGCUGCACCGCACGCUCAUACGUUGCACCGCACGCUCAUACGCUGCACCGCACGCUCAUACGCUGCACCGCCCGGUCACACGCUGCCCCGCACGCUCAUACGCUGCCCCGCACGCUCAUACGCUGCACCGCCCGCUCAUACGCUGCACCGCACGCUCAUACGCUGCACCGCACGCUCAUACGCUGCACCACCCGCUCAUACGCUGCACCGCCCGCUCAUACGCUGCACCGCCCGCUCAUACGCUGCACCGCCCGUUCAUACGCUGCACCGUCCGCUCAUACGCUGCACCGCACGCUCAUACGCUGCAGCACAUGUCAGAUUACCAUCCUCAUUGUAACCUACAUCAACCUUAUAAGCUUAGGUUAG